AAUUGGUCUUGAUAUUAAUGAAUCCGCACUCAACCCCAUGCUGCUAUGAUCUGAUCUGAUUUGUGCUCACGUCUUCAAGGGCUCAUUGAUAUUUGACAGGCAAAGCGACAUGCGUGAAUCCAUAUGGCCUUUUGAUCUUCUUGGCGGUUCUUCAUACAGCGUCAGGUACAAGAUUCGCUUUGGCUCUCUCCAUCAGCAAUAGAUGAUAAAAUAUGGACCAGAAUCUAACCACGCCGCUCCCAGAUCAGUGAGAUAGAGAGAUGGCGCAGCUACCCGGUAACCCCUUCCUUCAAUAAGCUCCCCCGCGAGAGCUUCGAGAUGAGAUACAUCGAGGAAGCAGGACGUGUCCUGGGAUAUGUUUCGAGAACAUCGCAGCAAAUGCAAGCAAUGCAUGUCAUCAGUAGAAGGCAACAAUGUCGGCACUGCUUCUUCUCUCGAUAGCAUUCGAGAUGGCGCCAGCCUCAGCACUCUCCCGCUCAAGGUCUUCGAACCUAUCUUCGAUAUUUCCGAAGAGGGUGAUGAUGAGGCUGCGUCCGUCCGCGAUUACGACUACGACCACUUUUGGUCCACACAAGAAGUGCAGGACCUGCGUAGUAUGCCGAAGUUGCAAGAGAAUAACAUUGGUUCCAGCAGAAGGACGAAGACCGGCGGAAGUUGCCAAAUGGUCGGAGGAUAGUAAUAAACUGGAGGACUUCAUCAACUCCUUCCUUCGUCAAAGGGGCACAAGCGGUAUCGAUUCACGCCGUGAGCUAUGCACACUGGACAGGUUAUCGUUUCCGGUUCAUUUGUGGGAGGAAUUGGUCGAGUUUAUUGCCUCGACACCCGGAGGAUGUGCUGGAUGCGGUCGCAUAAUAUGUGGCGACAAGAAAGCGACCCACCACGACUAAUCACAACCGACGCGCAAGACAUUGAGCGCGCGAGGCAGGAAAAUCAUGGGAUUCGGUGUGCUGAUCUCGGCCAUCAACAGCCUUUGGACAACUGGACAAAGAACCAUGCGCACAUGACUAGGUGGUGUCUCAUCGGCCUCGGAUUCGCUGAUUGAACUGCUCAUUGUACGCAUAGGUGAGCGCAUUUGCGAACCCGACGAGUUGUGUCGAAGCUUGGAGGGCUCUCAGCCAGAUGGGCGAUGGCCCAAAUGCUUCAUAAAUGCGGUUCGUGAUGCCGGGAAUCCACAGAAUAAUAUAACAAAUUGGAUAUCCAUUGAGGAGCAGCAUCUUUCGCACAGCUUGCUUUCUAGCCCGAGCCCGAGCUUGAUUAGCACUCGCGACAACCGUGAUCUGCCCAUUUCGAGUGCCAUCCUCGCGCUCUGCGAGCCCAAUAGGCCAUGCGGGUGACUCUGCGCUGCUCGCGUCGCCCUUUUCGGAGAUGGUCGGGAACGGAGCCAGUGGCUGCUCAUCGGCGUGGUGGGAGUGGUAAGUCGUGAUCGAAGACCUCACACGAAUGUGCCGUUUUGGCGCAUCUGAGGCCGGAGGGAGGUCAGAGAGGGCGGUGAGAUUGUCGUCCGUGUCGGCGGUUCCAGUCGCGGUGCUAAUCGCAAGCUUGCCAUAUGUGCGCAUGAGGUGGAUGUAUAUAUACGUGUAGAUCGCGAUGGUGGCUGCAAAUAUGCUAAUGCGCCAUGCAUGCGU